GCUGUCCGCGCGCACCAGCCUGGGUGGCGCUCCUCGCUCGCCUCUGUCCCCAUCCUGCGACCAUCAGGCUGCGGGAGUGGAUUUUUGCGGAGGCGCCUGAGUGCAAGAACUCAAUAUAGUGUCAGACGGUGCCAACACAGCCACCCCAACCUGGGCUGGGAGCGCAGGCAUCUUUGGAGUCUUCCGCGGUGGUGCAACUCCGGGAGCCAACUUCAGGCCAGUCUGUGGAUUCGGUGCAGGGUCCCACCCAGCAGAUCUGCCCGCGGAGUCUCCGGGAGAGAAAUCAGAGCCGCCCCAGGCACGCCAGGAGGCCCCCCCGUUGCGCCCUACCCCGUCGGGUCCCGCCCCAUCGCGUCGCGCCUUAAAAAGCACCAAAGGCCAGGAUCACGCAGUGGUGGCCACGGUCAUGGAGGGUACCCCUGAGGCCAACUGGAGCGCGGAGGUGGUCAAUGGGAGUGCGGCGCCUCCGGGGGCAGAGGGCAACCGCACGCAAGCGCCGCAGCGCAACGAGGCCCUGGCGCGCGUGGAGGUGGCCGUGCUGUGCCUCAUCCUCUUCCUGGCACUGAGCGGCAACGCCUGCGUCCUGCUGGCGCUGCGCACCACGCGCCACAAGCACUCGCGCCUCUUCUUCUUCAUGAAGCACCUGAGCAUUGCCGACUUGGUGGUGGCGGUGUUCCAGGUGCUGCCGCAGCUGCUGUGGGACAUCACCUUCCGCUUCUACGGCCCUGACCUGCUGUGCCGCCUGGUCAAGUACUUACAGGUUGUGGGCAUGUUCGCCUCCACCUACCUGCUGCUGCUCAUGUCGCUGGACCGCUUCACGUGGCUGGGCUGCCUGGUGGCCAGCGCCCCGCAGGUGCACAUAUUCUCCAUACGCGAGGUGGCUGACGGCGUCUUCGACUGCUGGGCCGGCUUCAUCCAGCCCUGGGGGCCCAAGGCCUACGUCACGUGGAUCACCCUCGCCGUCUACAUCGUGCCGGUCAUCGUGCUGACCGCCUGCUACAGCCUCAUCUGCUUCAAGAUCUGGCAGAAUUUUCGGAUCAAGACGGCGGCGGAGGGGGCGGCCAAGGGGCCCGAGGGCGCGAUGCCGGGCAGCAGGGAGGGCACGGCCCUGGCUCGAGUCAGCAGCGUCAAGCUCAUCUCCAGGGCCAAGAUCCGCACGGUCAAGAUGACCUUCAUCAUCGUGCUGGCCUUCAUCGUGUGCUGGACACCAUUCUUCUUUGUGCAGAUGUGGAGCGUCUGGGACGCCAAUGCGCCCAAGGAAGCCUCGGCUUUCAUCAUCGCCAUGCUCCUGGCCAGCCUCAACAGCUGCUGCAACCCCUGGAUCUACAUGCUCUUCACGGGCCACCUCUUCCACGAGCUCCUGCAGCGCAUCCUCUGUUGCUCCUCCAGCUACCGGAGGGACUCUCGGCCUGGGGAGACCAGCGUGAGCAAAAAGAGCAACUCCUCCACCUUUGUCCUGAGCCGGCACAGCUCCAGCCAGAGGAGCACCUCGCAGCUCUCCUCCCUGUGACCAGCCUGGCUGACUGCCUCUUUCCAGCAGGUUGUGUGACAGGACAGUCCGCUCCGUGGUGGCCGUGGCCACUGAUGUAUAGGUACCUUUCAGUUUGUACACCUCCGCACCUUGUGGCAGCUUGCGUGGGGUGGGGUCCUGACACAGGAGGGGAAGUGGUCUGCACGGGGGAAAGUGAUAGGGUGACUCAGUCACCAGACUGUCCUGGGAGCUCCCCUGGUUCCCACAGCUACUCCUGCUGCCCCCACCCCACUGCUGCCUGGCUGCUGGGUGGGUUGUUUGUGUUUCCCGGGCCUGUACUUUUACUCCAGUAUCUCUUUUCUCCUUUACUCUGUGAUCUUGUGAAAAGUAGUAAGUGAACAGUUGGUGACCAAUUAUGUAUGGAAGCCUAGUGUCCUGAACUUGGAGUAAGGAGUGGGAGCAGGACCUCAGACGGGGUGGAGCUCAUAGCCUCCUGACCCCAGAGAGUGUGUGCCUCUGCGUGGCUGACCCAGCAUCCUCUUGUCAGAGGAUGGCCCUGGGAUCAGGAGAUUCCCCUACGAGGCAAUUUGGCACAAGCAGCCGAUUAAAACUUGGAUUUAAAAUGUUUAACAAGCUAAUAUUUAAGUAGCAAGUGGGAAAGAAAAAAG